AUGUCGGCUGACAUUGAAAGUGCGAUCAUUGGGCUAGCAAGCAGCCGCCCAAAACGCCGCAAAACAGCAGCGGAGACCAAACCCAGCGACAGACUGCGCCUCUCCAGUCGGGUGACCCGUGAACGUAGUGUGCACAAGAAUGGAUCAUUGACCAGGAGUCUCUCUAGCGGCG